GGCGUCGCACCCCCAAAUUCACCUCCAACAUAAAACCAAAUGAACGACACAUAAGCACAUCGUCUCUCGUAAUUUCUCAUACGAACCUGAUCAAAUUUGUCAUACGAAUCUCCUACUUUCGUCAUAACCACUUAUUGAAUUUGCUAAUUGGGCGAAAAGUUUUGGAGAUUGUGCGACUAAUCUAUUGCUUGUUCAACGAUAAAAGGAACCCUAAAUUGGAAGAGCUCCAAACCCAGCUAUUCUUUUCAAGUUUUCGAUUCGUUCGAGCUCCGAGAUACCCAAUUAAAUGGCUACUCCACUCAUGGCAGGGCUUGCAGUUGCUGCUGCUGCGUAUGCUGGUCGAUAUGGCAUCCAAGCCUGGAAUGCUUUCAAGGCUCGACCAGCUUCACCCGCAUUCCGCAAAUUCUAUCAAGGGGGUUUCCAACCUCAAAUGACAAGAAGAGAAGCUGCUCUUAUUCUUGGAGUAAGGGAAAGUACUGCGAUGGAUAAGGUUCGAGAAGCUCAUCGAAGGGUGAUGGUUGCAAACCAUCCAGAUGCUGGUGGCAGUCAUUACCUUGCUUCCAAAAUUAACGAAGCCAAAGAUAUGAUGAUGAGGAAGUCGAAGAACACCGAUUCUGCUUUCUGAUCUCUAUCUCUAUAUCUAUUUGUGCAACUAGAAUUACAAGGCCUUCUUAGGCUUCAAUUGCGUUUCUUGAGAGGAAAGAAAAAAGUGUUUUCUGUAUGAUGAUGAUUCAUUGAAUUGGAAAGGUAGAAGCAACUUUAAAGUUUAUGAAUAUUGGCGUAUUGACCAUCACUGAUUCAUCUUAAAAGCUUGUAUAAAGCGAAUGGCGUUUUUAACCCAUCGGCGUAGGAUAUACUUGCUGAAUCCGGUCAAUUUGGUUUGAUUCAAAGUCGAUCUACGUACAUCUUACC